CUGAUAUGCAAGCCAUUUCGCCUUUCUGAUGUGCCAUUUUGGGCGUCCCCCUGCAGGCGUGUUAACCAGGGACUUCUCUGCAGCGAGUGUCACUCUGUCUCCCACCUGAGGGGGUCAACGAGGGUGCUGCCAAGGGCAAGCUGGGAUUGGAAGGCUCUGGAGCGUGUGACGUUGCUACUCUAGCAGAGCCGAGGAGAGGCAGGGAAGGGAAGGGAAACAGCUGCAUUGCAUCGAGGUCAGCCUUUGCCGUAUCGAGUGUUUGCCGGGCUGUCUUGCAGGAGAGAGAUACUCUUUCCAACGGCUCUAGAAGAAAAGGCCUUCGUUCUGUAAACAUCUUCCAGCUCUUUCAUUAAUACUGACCCAGAAGUCAUGUCAACCAAAGGAAAGGCUGGAAGAUACAGGGGUUCGGUGAAGGAUUUCCCGGACUUUGAUGCCAACCAGGAUGCUGAGGCCCUCUAUAAUGCUAUGAAAGGAUUUGGCAGUGACAAGGAAGCCAUACUUGAACUCAUAACAUCCAGGAGUAAUAGGCAGAGAAAUGAAAUCUGCCGGGCAUACAAGUCUCUUUAUGGCAAGGACCUAAUUGAAAAGCUGAAGCAUGAAUUGACUGGGAAAUUUGAACGGCUGAUUGUGGGUCUAAUGAGGCCCUUGGAGUACUUUGAUGCCAAGGAAAUCAAAGAUGCUCUUAAGGGCAUUGGGACUGAUGAAAAGUGCCUGAUUGAGAUCCUGGCUUCUCGAACCAAUCAACAGAUCCGUGCUGUGGUGGAAGCCUACAGAGAUGCAUAUGAGAGGGACCUGGAGGAAGAUGUUAUAGCGGACACGUCAGGACACUUCAAGAAGAUGCUCAUUGUACUGCUUCAGGGUACCCGAGAAGAAGAUGAUGUUGUGAGUGAAGACUUAGUGGAACAAGAUGCCACGAGCCUGUUGGAAGCUGGAGAGGUGAAAUGGGGCACGGAUGAGGCUGAAUUCAUCUAUAUUCUUGGAAACCGAAGCAAGCAACAUCUUCGGCUGGUCUUUGAUGAGUAUUUGAAGGUCUCUGGAAAACCCAUUGAAGCAAGCAUCCGGGGAGAGCUGUCUGGAGACUUUGAAAAACUAAUGCUAGCUGUGGUGAAGAAUAUUAGGAGUACACCAGAGUAUUUUACAGACAGGCUCUUCAAAGCCAUGAAGGGCUUAGGGACAAGGGACAACACUUUGAUUCGGAUCAUGGUGUCACGCAGUGAGCUUGACAUGUUGGAUAUCCGGGAGAUAUUCCGGACUAAAUACGAGAAGUCUCUGCAUCACAUGAUUGAGAGUGACACAUCUGGCGAAUACAAAAAAGCGCUGCUGAAGCUGUGUGGGGGAGAUGAUGAUGCCGCAGGUGAGUUCUUCCCUGAAGCUGCGCAGGUGGCGUAUCAGAUGUGGGAACUUAGUGCAAGGGCCAAAAUGGAGCUGAAAGGAACCAUUCAUCCAGCUGCAGAUUUCCAUGCUGAUGGCGAUGCAAAAGUGCUAAGGAAAGCCAUGAAGGGUCUUGGCACUGAUGAAGAUGCUGUCAUUGAGGUUGUCACACAGCGAAGUAAUGCCCAGAGGCAAGAAAUUAUAAAAGCAUACAAGUCUCAUUAUGGCCGGGAUCUUAUGGCAGACCUGAAAUCUGAAAUUUCGGGGCCCUUGGGGAAGGUUAUCCUUGGACUGAUGAUGACGCCAGCACAGUAUGAUGCUAAGCAACUGAAGAAAGCCAUGGAGGGGGCUGGAACUGAUGACAGUACUCUCAUUGAAAUCCUGACCACCCGAAACAACCAGGAGAUCCAAGCAAUUAAUGCAGCAUAUAAAGAAGCCUACCAUAAGUCUUUGGAGGAUGCACUGAGUUCUGACACUUCGGGACAUUUCAAAAGGAUCCUCAUCUCUCUGGCUCUGGGGGCCCGUGAUGAAGGAGGAGAGGACUUUGCAAAAGCUCAUGCGGAUGCCCAGGUUGUUGCUGAAAUCCUGAAAUUGUCUGAUGUUUCCAGUGAUGACUCGACAUCCCUCGAGACGCGCUUCAUGACCAUCUUGUGUACACAGAGCUACCCCCAGCUCCGGAGAGUCUUCCAGGAGUUCAUUAAGAUGACAAACCAUGAUGUGGCACAUGCCAUCAGCAAGCGGAUGUCUGGAGAUGUGCGGGAUUCCUUUAUAGCCAUUGUGCGGAGUGUCAAGAACAAGCAAGCUCUAUUUGCUGACAAACUGUACAAGUCCAUGAAGGGUGCUGGCACGGACGACCGAACUCUCAUCAGGAUUAUUGUCUCAAGGAGUGAAAUUGAUCUGCUCAACAUCCGGCGUGAAUUUUGGGACAUAUAUGACAAAUCUCUCUAUCACAUGAUUGAGAAGGAUACCUCAGGAGACUAUCGCAAAGCAUUGCUAGCCAUUUGUGGAGGAGAAGAGUAAGCACUUGGUGGUUCUUCAUGCCUGAGCCAUUCUCAUUCACAUAAAUGCAGCUUAGAUGUCACUGUUGCUUUUAGAAGCUUCAGGGGAUGUUUUGGAUCCACUGAGAAGAUUCACAUUGUGCUAGGGGAGAAAAUGUACCACAGAAGAACUUAACAUUGAAAGCAGCGAAGACCACAUGGAUUGCUCAGUCUUAUGGGGGGGUGUCUAACGGUGCAAAACUGAAUAGUGUACACAUAUCCAGUGAUGUAACGCUGUUAGUGGCAUCUUAAAACAAAGAAAUAAAAUGUUAUAUGUUGCAGGUCACAAAA